ACUCUCCGAAAUUUUAGUACCUUACGAGAAGGGUUCUGCCAAAGAGGCAAAAACCGGUUGUUUUUAGCGACAUCUAUAGGAUUUUUAAUGGGAAAAUUUUGAGCAUGAAACUUAAGAGAAAUAUACGGUUUUUACUAUUUCUAACAUUCUUAUGGCUUAUUGGGUUACUCUACUAUAUCUGGUCUCUUCCUGCAGAGGUAAAUUUGUUAAUACUUACUGAUAAUAAUAGUUUAUAAAGCGAAUUACGAACUGACGAACGCAAUAUUUUUUGCCUUCAGAAAAACAGCGUGUAAAACCUUAAUAAACGUUAAUAAUAAAUUUAAAAUACUGCAUAACUAUCCACUAUAAAAUGCUGGAGAAUGAAAGAAUGCUUUUAAUCAAUGUCAAGUAACUAUUAAAGAUAAUUAGUUCCUAUUACUUUAAUUCUAGUAUUGUCCCUUUAUAUGAUUGCUAUAUUAACUUGCUAUUUCGCUGUAAAUUUUUUAUUAGUUAUAUCAGAAUGAAAAAGUUACAUAAAGGAUUAUUGUUAAAAAAAGAAGGGGUCGAAGAUCAUACAAAUCAACAAGAACGCUAUCAACAACAACAUCGCACUGCAGGCAGUCUCUACUUCGAUGAAAAAAAAUAUAUAGAUAAGACUCGUAUAAAACCAGGUGAAGAUGCUUAUGCAAGGAAUAAAUUUAAUCAAGCAGCUAGUGAUGAUAUUCCAAGUGGUAGAGACAUUCCAGAUGCUAGAAAUUAUGAGUGUCAUAAAGUUAAUUAUCCCAAUGAUUUACCGAAAACUUCCGUUAUCAUAACAUUCUAUAACGAAGCAAGAUCAACAUUACUUAGGACUGUUGUUAGUGUUAUAAAUAGAACACCAGAAGAGAUUUUAGAAGAGAUUAUACUUGUUGACGAUCAUAGCGACGAUCCAACGGAUGGUUUGGAAUUAGAAAAAAUAAAUAAAGUAAAAGUUAUUCGUAAUGAGAAAAGACAGGGUCUAAUAAGAUCGAGAAUAGUUGGGGCCGACAAGGCUGUUGCCCCUGUGCUAACUUUUUUAGAUAGUCACUGCGAAUGCGGUUAUCUGUGGCUGGAACCAUUAUUAUUAAGAAUAAAAGAAAAUUAUAGAGCGGUUGUUUCGCCUAUAAUUGAUAUACUAAGCAUGGAGAAUUUCCAAUAUUCAGCUGCCUCUGAUAUGCUAAAAGGUGGAUUUGAUUGGAAUUUAAUUUUUAAAUGGGUUUAUAUGACAGAUAAAGAGCGUUUAGAACACGCCAAAUCGCCAAUUGCACCUAUAAGAACUCCAAUGAUUGCUGGAGGCUUAUUCUCUAUUAGUAAACAGUAUUUUAUUGAAAUAGGAAAAUAUGAUUCUAAGAUGGACGUUUGGGGAGGAGAAAAUUUAGAAAUAUCGUUCCGUGUCUGGCAAUGUCACGGCUCCUUAGAAAUUAUUCCGUGCAGUAGGGUUGGCCAUGUGUUUAGGAAGCAGCAUCCUUACACUUUCCCUGGAGGAAGUGGUAAUGUGUUUGCUCGUAACACAAGGCGAGCAGCCGAAGUUUGGAUGGGCGAUUAUAAGCGUUUCUAUUUUGACGCUGUCCCUUCAGCAAAAUUUGUUGAUUUUGGAGAUGUUGGGGAUAGAUUAGCUUUAAAGAAUAAUCUCAAGUGCAAAUCGUUCAAGUGGUACUUGGAAAAUGUAUACCCAGAAUUGGAAGUACCGGAUAAAUCGGAAGAUCACUAUGGUGCAUUUAGACAGAAUUUAAAUUGCUUAGACACAUUAUCACGCGAACAGGGGGAAUCAGUUGGGAUAUUCGGAUGUCAUAACUCAGGAGGUAAUCAAAAUUGGGCACUAACAAAAGACAAUCAAAUCAAACAUUCUGAAUUUUGCUUGACAAUUGAAAGAGAGACAUCAGGAUCGAUUCUCAAAUUAUACGAAUGUAGUAAAGUUGAUUCGAGACAGAAAUUUAUUGAAUACGGUGAUCGAAUGUUCAAGCAUAUUUCAAGCAACUUGUGCAUAGAUAGCUCAUUUUACAAAACCGAUAAAGGGGUUGGACUAGAAAUAUGUGAUACUAAUAAAAUAUCACAAAAAUGGAGGCAUGUACCAAAUGUAAAUUAA